UGGUCCUUCGGAUUAUGUGAUUUCUUUGGCGCUUGUCAAACGUGUCUUUUCGCGGUUUGUUGCCCCUGUUCUGCGUACGGCCAGAAUAUGUCGCGUUUGAAAUACCUGGGGACACCGCAUUCUGAAGGUGGGACUGUACCCAACGCGGAAAGCCUGACGUACUACGCGUUCAUGCAUUUUUGUAAGUAUCAACGGUUGAUCCCGAGCCAAUCAACCUCCUACGUAGUUAUCCCAGGCUGUUACACAAUGAUAAGUUCGCACACGAUACAAUAUCCUUUGUCUGACUCAAUGCUUCUGUUCACCUUGCUCCAUCACGCAGGAGAGUCGGGAAAUUGA